AUGGCGAGAACCAAGCAGACAGCACGUAAAUCCACGGGCGGCAAAGCCCCCAGGAAGCAGCUGGCUACGAAGGCCGCCCGUAAAAGCGCGCCAGCAACCGGCGGCGUGAAGAAACCUCACCGUUACAGGCCCGGCACCGUGGCUCUGAGGGAGAUCCGUCGUUAUCAGAAGUCCACCGAGCUGCUGAUCCGCAAACUGCCCUUCCAGCGUCUGGUGAGGGAAAUCGCUCAAGACUUCAAAACUGACCUGCGCUUCCAGAGUUCUGCUGUCAUGGCGCUGCAGGAGUCCAGUGAGGCUUAUUUGGUGGGUCUGUUCGAGGACACCAACUUUGAUAUUCAAAUCAUCAUGUCUGGAAGAGGCAAAGGAGGGAAGGGACUGGGCAAAGGAGGCGCCAAGAGGCACCGUAAAGUUCUCCGUGAUAACAUCCAGGGUAUCACUAAACCAGCAAUCCGUCGCCUGGCUCGCCGCGGCGGAGUCAAGCGAAUCUCCGGCCUGAUCUAUGAAGAGACUCGCGGCGUGUUGAAGGUCUUCCUGGAGAACGUCAUUCGUGACGCUGUCACCUACACGGAGCAUGCAAAGAGAAAGACCGUGACCGCCAUGGAUGUGGUCUAUGCUCUCAAGCGACAGGGACGUACCCUGUACGGCUUUGGAGGAUAAAUCA